CAGAACGGAGAGCUCUACUGCAAAGCACCUUCAGUCGCCUUGGGAUACUACAGGAACGAGAAAGCCACGGCGGAAACCUUCAAAGACGGAUGGUUGUUGACCGGAGAUUUGGCGUUUCGAGAUGACGAGGGUCGUGUAGUGAUUGUGGAUCGUCUGAAGCAAAUGAUCAAAUGCAUGGAUUCGCAAGUUGCUCCGGCGGACCUCGAAGCCCUCCUGAGUAGAGAUGAGGACGUAUCCGAGGUCGUUGUCGGUGGCGUUCCUCACGAGAAGUUCGGUGAGGCUGCUGUAGCGUUCGUGGUUCCGAAGAGAUUCUCGGAUCUCCAACAUCUGCGCGAAAAGUUGAUCGAGGCAGUGAAGUCCAAGUGCGCUUUCCAUAAACAUCUACACGGGGGCCUAUUCUUUCUGCGGUCUAUCCCCGAAACCGACAGCGGGAAGUUCUCUCGGAGAGAUGUUGUGAAAUUACAUUUAGAUCAGCAGAUCGAAUAUCUCGAUUGA